CUACAGAAGAGCCUGUGUUGAAGAAACCAUGACCAGCAUCAGCGAUGUGGUGAAGCGGGCCCGGGACGCCUUCAACUCGGGCAAGACGCGCCCCCUGCAGUUCCGCAUCCAGCAGCUGGAGGCGCUCGCGCGCAUGAUCAAGGAGCGGGAGAAGGACAUCGCGGACGCUCUGCACGCGGACCUGAACAAGAACGAGUGGACAGCUUACUAUGAGGAGGUGGUGUACGUGCUGGAGGAGAUCGAGUACAUGAUCAAGAAGCUGCCUGAGUGGGCAGCGGACGAGCCUGUGGAGAAGACUCCCCGGACGCAGAGGGAUGAAUCCUACAUCCACUCAGAGCCCCUGGGCGUGGCUCUCAUCAUUGGCACCUGGAACUACCCCUUCAACCUCCUCAUCCAGCCCAUGGUGGGCGCCAUUGCUGCAGGGAAUGCAGUGGUCCUCAAGCCCUCGGAGCUGAGUGAGAAUAUGGCACAGUUGAUAGCCACCAUCAUCCCUCAGUACCUGGACAAGGAUCUGUACCCGGUGAUCAACGGCGGAGUCCCCGAGACCACAGAGGUUCUCAAGGAGAGAUUCGACCACAUUUUCUACACGGGGAGCACAGGUGUGGGGAAGAUCGUCAUGACCGCCGCGGCCAAGCAUCUGACCCCCGUCACACUGGAGCUGGGGGGCAAAAGCCCCUGCUAUGUGGACAAGGACUGCGAUCUGGACGUGGCCUGCAGACGCAUCGCCUGGGGGAAGUACAUGAACAGUGGCCAGACUUGCGUGGCCCCUGACUACAUCCUCUGUGACCCUUCCAUCGAGAGCCAGAUUGUGGAGAAGCUCAAAAAGGCCCUGAAGGAGUUCUACGGGGAAGACCCCCAGAAGUCCCGUGACUAUGGGCGAAUCGUCAGUUCCCGGCACUUCCAGAGGGUGAUGGGGUUGCUGGAGGGCCAGAAAGUCGUCCAUGGGGGCACUGGGGAUGCAGCCACCCGGUACAUAGCACCCACCAUUCUCUCCAACGUGGACCCGCAGUCCCCAGUGAUGCAGGAGGAAAUCUUCGGGCCAGUUCUGCCCAUCGUUCACGUGCGCAGCCUGGACGAAGCCAUCCAGUUCAUCAAGCAGCGCGAGAAGCCCCUGGCACUCUAUGUGUUCUCCAACAAGGACCAGGUGAUUAAGAAGAUGAUUGCAGAAACUUCGAGUGGUGGAGUAACAGCUAAUGACGUCAUCGUCCACAUCACCGUGCACUCUCUGCCCUUUGGCGGUGUGGGGAACAGCGGCAUGGGCUCCUACCAUGGCAAGAAGAGCUUUGAGACCUUCUCUCACCGCCGCUCCUGCCUGGUGAGGCCUCUGAAGGACGAUGAGGCCAUCCGGGUCAGGUACCCGCCCAGCGCUGCCAAGAAGACGCACCACUGAAGAGUGCCGGCCACCCGCCUCAGCUCACUGCAUCCCC